AUGAAGUUCUCCAUCGCUGCUCUUUCCCUCAUCUCGGCGGUUGCCAUUGCAGCGCCAGCUGCGACCACCGACUGCGAGGAGGCCCCGGCCACCUACCCAACCAAGGCUCCCGAGCCACCAAAGUACGAGACACCAAAGAAGCCUGCUGAGGAGUACAAGCCAGCGCCUUACYACCCUGCUCCGGAGGAACCCAAAGACUGCCCUAAGCCGUACGAGAAGGCCGACUUCCCCAYCCCAUUCACCUCCAAGUUCAGCAUCAUCGCCACCCCAGACCAGGUCGUCCAGAACAACGCCUCUCUGACCAAUGCCUUCACCGGCGGUCUCCCCGGCGCGAUUGGAUACUACGACUUUGGCCUGAACUCCGAUCUCGACUUGAUCUGCUACAACAUCAAGAUUGUUGGCUUUGAGGGCGACUACCAAUCCCCAGCUUCCACCGCCACUCACAUUCACCAGUCUGCUGCUGGUAAAUCUGGACCCCCACGGGUCGCUUUCCCCAACCCAAUCCCAGUUGAGGGCACCAAUGAGCGCGUCUCCGUCGGAUGCCUUCGUGGACCUUUCCUCACCGGCGUGAUUGCCAAUGCCACCAACCCACUCAACCCCAACGGAAUCAACCAGGACACUGGUGUCGGUUUCACCAUUGCCAUGCUCGAGGCAAACCCAUCUGCGUACAACGCCGACAUCCACUCCAGCAAGGCUGUUCCUGGCGCCGUCCGUGGACAAUUCCCUAGCGCUCCCAACUACUAG